GCUCACAGUGCUACGUUUCAUCAUCCGUGGUGGUUCUGACUUCUCUGUUUCGUGAUCGGAUCCGGAUUUGAGGGAGACGAAGAUUCUCCAAGCAUCCAAACGGUGGACUGUGACGCCGGGACGGUGGGGGUGGCGGCGGCGGCGGCGGCGGCGGCGCCAGUUCCGUUUGUUUCCGCGAUUCGAUCCAAGAACCAAGGUUGAUUCGAUGGCGUAUCGAAGGAGACAACAAGGAAUUUCGAAACCUUCUUCGACAUUCGAAGACGAAGCAACUCGAAACCCUAACCUCUUUCCACCGCAAAACGACGAUGUUGAAGCUUCCGCUUCGUCUUCUUCUUCGUCUUCGCUCGCUGCCAAAGCUAUCAGAGCUUCUUCGGCGCGUCGCGAUUCUUCUCUCUCCUCUCUCUACGGUCACUCCAACUUCUCCUCCGCUUCUUCUCCAAUCUCUCCUUCUCAACCCACUCCAACUCCUCUUCCUUCCUCCAAGGACUCAAGAACUUAUGAAUAUACAUCUAUGAAGAACUUGAAUGAGUCCAAGAAUGGAUUUUGGGGUGUUCUGGCCAGAAAAGCCAAAUCAAUUAUUGAGGAUGAUAAUAUACCCCAGCAAUCUGAAAUGCCAGGGACAACAAGGUCACAAUUUACUAGUGUAGGAUCUAGGGGCAAGUUCCAAAAUUUAAAUCAGAUGGAGGAAAGCAAUAUCAAAAGGGACAGUCCGGGAUUUAUGAAGGGAUUAGAUGCUAUCACUUCUUCUCUUACUCAUAUUGGUGGUACCAUUGGUAAAUCUUUGGAGGAAGGUUUAACAAUUGUUGAGAAUCGAACAUCAGAUAUCAUUCAAGAAACUCGUAAACAUAUCAGGAAAAAGCCUUCCAAUUUUGCAGGACAAAAUCAGGAGACAAACCACUCCACUACAUUGCAUCAAUCCCAACUGCGAACUCAGAUGUCACCAAUGCAAACUGAUCAAGAUCUUCAACUGAAGGCAUCUCGCGACGUUGCAAUGGCAAUGGCUGCCAAAGCAAAACUACUACUUCGGGAGUUGAAGACUGUCAAAGCUGAUCUGGCUUUUGCAAAGGAUCGGUGUGCUCAACUAGAGGAAGAAAAUAAAAUCCUUCGUGAGAAUCGUGAAAGGGGAGAUAGCCAAGAUGAUGAUGAUUUGAUACGGCUUCAGCUGGAAACUCUUCUGGCUGAAAAAGCUCGUUUGGCCCACGAGAACUCUGUUUAUGCCCGUGAGAAUCGCUUUCUAAGGGAGGUUGUGGAAUAUCACCAACUUACAAUGCAAGAUGUUGUCUACUUUGACGAGAGCAAUGAGGAAGUCACUGAAGUUAAUCCUCUUAACCUUCCCCAAGUGCCUAAUAUUCCCCUGGAUUCUGUUACUCCAUCUGCAGCAUCCCUAUCACUCCCUCCGGAAGCCAACUUUGGCACGAGUUUAGAAUUAACAAGAGGCAUCUCAGCUACCAUAUCUGGAAACGAUGCUAAGAGUUCCGAAGUGACUAGAAGUACCUCUUCUGUCACCGGAAAGGAUGCCAAAUGACAUCAAAUUCAUUUGUUAGAAUGGUGAUGCACCGUUUUUUAAUUUGUUAUUAUUUAUAUGCUUCUCGUUUAAUGUAUCGUGGGUGUACCUUGAUGUAAUUUUGUACCUUUUAUCGUGUAACUUGAGUUUUAUUUAUUAUUUAAUUAUUUUCAUUAUAUCAGCAUACGUAACCUAGAUCAGCAAGUGUCUGUAUAGCGGCAAUAUUUGUCAACAAAAAAUCAUGGCAGUGUUCUUUCGUAGGUUCAAUCCGUUGUAUUCGUGUGUGCACCGUGAUGUGUACGUAAAUUGUUGAUUCAAGUUAAAUUGAAACAUGAUUAGAC